UCGGAGCGCGCUCCUUUGAGGCUGCAGCCAGCAAGCGAGCCGCUUUCGUGCACUGUGCAGCGUGUGGCAGGCAGCCAGCCCGUGACGUGAGGUUGCCAUGGGAUGCGCCGCCCCUAUAAAUAAGUGAGCGCAAAGGAACUUUCCCAAGUCCAGAGACUUUCAGAGAGGACACGGGACCCGGCACAGCCAGAUGGUCCGGAGCGAGAGUCACCCGCAGCAAGCGCGCCCGACAGUCAGCAGCAGCGGCAGGAUCCGGACCAGCCCGGCGCUGCGGGAUCUCUGAAGCACUAGGGGUGCGUGGAGGGGCGGGAGCUUGUCCUUUAACUACUCAAGGGACUCGAGAGGACCUGGUGCUCCCGCCGCCGGCUGCUGCAACUUUCCACCACCCUCCCGAUCCUCCAAGAGGCUUUUUGGGGAGGGGCCGAGACUCCCCUUCCCCCCCCCGCAGCUCCCCUCCUUUUGCUUUCAUGCAACGCCUGGUGGCCUGGGACCAGGCAUGCCUCCCCAUCCAGCCACCGGCCUUUAAAUCCAUGGAAGUGGCUAAUUUCUAUUACGAGGCGGACUGUCUGGCUGCUCUGAGCAAGCUGCACCCCCGGGCUGCAGGGGGCCGCUCCAUGACCGAGCUCACCGUCGGGGAUCACGAGAGAGCCAUCGACUUCAGCCCUUACCUGGACUCUUUAGCAUCGCAGCAACAAGCUCAGCAGCAGCACCACCAGCAACAGCCGCCGCCGCCGCCGCCUCCUUCCGCGGCAGCAGGGGGCAACUUUGAGCCUGUUUGCAGCAGCGGCGGCGGCGGCAGCAGCAGCAGCGGCGGGAACAGCAGCCAAGAUUUUCUCUCCGAUCUCUUCUCGGAGCAGGAGUAUAAAGGCGGCGGCGGCGGCGGCGGGAAAAAGCACCCCGAUUACACUUACAUCAGCCUAGCCAGGCACAGCCACCACCCGGGCGCCGGGCAGAGCCACAAGGCCGGGCCGCUGCUGGGUUGCUUCCCGCCGCAGAUGGUGGAGACCAAAGUGGAGCCGGUCUUCGAGCACCUGGACUCUUGCAAAGGGACCCGCAAGGAAGAGGGUGGCGGCGGCGGCGGAGCAGGGCCCGGCCUGGGGGGAAUGUCCUCGCCUUACGGCAGCACUGUGCGCUCCUACUUGGGCUACCAAUCUGUGCCGAGCGGCAGCAGCGGCAACCUCUCCACCUCGUCGUCGUCCAGCCCCCCCGGCACCCCGAACCCCUCUGAUUCCUCGAAAUCCGCCUCGGCCGGAGGAGGAAGUGGCGGCGUUUACCCGACAGGCCCCGGCGGAGGGGGCGGCAAGAAUAAGUCCAAGAAGUGCGUGGACAAGCACAGCGACGAGUACAAGAUCCGCCGCGAGAGGAACAACAUCGCCGUGCGCAAGAGCCGCGACAAAGCCAAAAUGCGCAACCUCGAGACGCAGCACAAAGUCUUGGAACUGACGGCCGAGAACGAGAGACUCCAAAAGAAAGUGGAUCAGCUCUCCCGGGAGCUCAGCACCCUCAGGAACUUGUUCAAACAGCUGCCCGAGCCGCUCUUGGCCGCAUCUGGACACUGCUAGCCCUCCCCCCUUCCCUUGUCCGCGUAGAGCUGGACGUCGCUGGAACAGCGCUGUGGUUUGGGUUGGGAAAGGGCGUGGAGAGACGAACACACUUUGGGGAAAGAUGGAAGGGUUUAGGGAGCAGGGGGGCAUCUGGUGGAUGCGUCUCUCCCCCCCUUUCAACACAAGAAAGAAUCAAGGGAGAGGGAAGAGAGAGCCCAGAGGGUUUACAUAUAUAAAAAUAUAUUAUUAUUAUUUUAUUAUUAUUUUGCCUUUAAUUCGCACUCUCAUGAUGGAAGAAACCUUCCGCCAUAUGCUACGUGUUGCCCAACUCCUUCGGCUGGCAGGGGGAGUCUCCUGGCGGUUUCCAUUUACCUCUUUUCAACCUCAUGGAGGAAUCGUUACUUUUCAACUUUUAUUUUCUAAGAAAAAAAAAGGUGACACCAAACCCAGCGCAAACCACUUAAUUUCCGAUCUGAUGUCUUCGCAGCGUUUUCUCCCCCCCCCCGUUUUUUUGUUGAAUGCUAGUGUUAUUUAAGGAAAGAGAGAGAGAGAAUAACAUAUAAAGUAGAGAGAAAGGAAGAGAAAGAGAGUCCAGAGUGAUGCAAUCUUUAAAACAUGGCUGGAAAAGCUGGCUACACAUGAUGCAACCUCGUGUAACUGUCAGUCAUGGAUUGAGUAAUCUGUUAAAGAUGUUCCUACAGUUUUUUUAUUAUAAAGAAUGAUCUAUUUCUAUAAGGAAAAAGAAAAGACAUAUGUAUAUUUUGGGAUCUAUGCAUUCUUGCUACAAGUGAAGCAUUAAUGAACAAUUUUAAUAAAACUUUAUUGCCAGGAUGGAA